AUGAGUGGAGAAGUACAGAAAUAUUGGGUGUGCAUUUUGGUUUGUGUGCUGAUAUUAUUGAAAAAAACUGAAAGCUACUCUGUUGACAUUACAUAUGUUGAAAGUGCUGUGGAAAAAGGAGGAGUUUGUUUGGAUGGAAGCCCACCUGCAUAUCAUCUUGAUAAAGGAUUUGGAGAAGGAAUUGACAAUUGGUUAGUUCAUUUUGAGGGAGGAGCAUGGUGCAAUAGUGUAGCGACUUGUCUCGCUCGGAAAGAUACCCGACUCGGCUCUUCCAAACUAAUGGCGAAACAGGUUGUUUUUUCCGGGAUUUUUAGCAACAAUAAGGAGCUUAACCCUGAUUUUUACAAUUGGAAUCGAGUCAAGGUUCGAUAUUGUGAUGGCUCGUCGUUCACGGGCGACAUAGAAGAAGUUGACCCUGAAACGGGACUUUACUACCGUGGAGCAAGGGUCUUUGCGGCAGUAAUGGAGGAUCUAUUUGCGCAAGGAAUGUCGAACGCUCAAAACGCAGUCCUAUCCGGAUGCUCGGCUGGGGGGUUAACAUCGAUUCUUCAUUGUGAUAACUUCUCGGCUCUUUUUCCUUCCGACACGAAAGUCAAAUGCGUUGCUGAUGCCGGUUUCUUUCUUGACGCGGAAGAUAUCUCGGGUGCUUUUCGUAUCGAAGAUUUCUUCGGCGGUGUUGCCACGACGCAUGGGUCGGAACAGAAUUUACCGCAACCGUGCACAUCUAAAAUGAGGCCGAGCCUGUGUUUUUUCCCACAAAAUGUGGUGCAAGACAUUAAGACACCACUUUUCAUUGUAAAUGCUGCUUAUGAUUCAUGGCAGAUUAAGAACAUCUUGGCAUCUGGAGCAGCUGAUCCACAUGGCAAGUGGCACAAUUGCAAGGUUAUGAUAACCAGAUGUUCGCCGGAUCAACUCGAGAUCUUGCAAAGCUACAGAUUACAGUUCAUAAACGCAUUAACGAACUCUUUAAAUUCGUCCAAGUCGGCAGGAUACUUCAUCAACUCUUGCUACGCGCACUGCCAAACCGAAACACAAGAAACGUGGCUUCGUUAUGACUCUCCUCUGUUGAACCAAACGACGAUAGCUAAAGCAGUCGGAGAUUGGUAUUACGACCGGAGUCCGUUUGAGAGUAUCGAUUGCCCGUAUCCUUGCGACAAAACGUGCCACAAUCGGGUUUAUGAGCCUUGA